AUGUCUCUGCCCUGGCCAUUUUCACGGCGAGGGACCUCGGCUGCUGCAGAGGUGCCCAGGCCAUCGGGCUCUGGCAGCAGCGGGGCUCUCUUUGGACGGCCCCUGGCAGAAGUCUGCAGCCAGGACGGGACACUGCCCCAGCCCAUCCAAGACCUGCUGGCCCUCCUGCGGGAGCAUGGGCCAUCCUCGGAGGGGAUCUUCCGGCUGGCAGCUGGCGAGCGCGCCUCCCGGGAGCUCAGGGAGGCGCUGGACAGCGGAGCAGAGGUCCACCUUGAAAGCCAGCCUCCACACCUGCUGGCUGUAGUCUUGAAGGACUUCCUCCGCAAGAUCCCCUCCAAGCUCCUGCGCUCAGAGCUCUUUGAGCAGUGGAUGGGCGCCCUGCAGGUGACCAGCAGGCAGGAGAAGGUGGCGGCACUGAAAGAGGUGGCGAGCCAGUUGCCCAAAGCCAACUUCCUCCUCCUCAAGGAGUUGUUGUUUGUGCUUCACAAGAUCAGCAGAAGCGUGGCCACCAGCAGGAUGACAGCUCACAACCUGGCCAUCUGCGUGGGGCCAAACCUCCUGAGCCCACCAGAGGAGCACACGCUCCCACUGGAGGCACUGGCGCAGGUGACACAGAAGGUAGGCUGUGUUGACCACCUGCCUACAGCCUUCUGGGCCCAGCCCAGCUUUGCUGCUCAGAGGGUCCUGGCUGCCUCCUCUCUUCAGCAAACCUGGUGGAGUUCCUCGUUGAGAACCAUGGGGAACUCUUUGAGGAGGAGGAGGUGGCUGACCUUGCCAGGGCAUCUGGGGAAGAGUUGCCAACACCUCAGGUGGAGGCGGAAACAGCAGAGGUGCCUUGAGUGGCUCCAGAAGGCAAGCACCAGAGCUCGUCCCAGGAGAAAAGGUUGCCAGGCUCUUCCCAUGAAAUCAGGAAGAGAAAACCAACCUGCGAAGAGGCAACAGACGGGCAACCCGAGAGGCAGAAGAGCAAGUUGGAAAGGGAGCUCCCAGGGAUGGAGAACUGAGGACAUCCAAGCAGGAAAGAAGAACGAGGAGCCCAGGUGUCAACUUAGUUUUCCUGCUUGGAUUCCCUGGAUGAGCUCCAAUGCCAUGGCCUCAAGGGGCCGCAUCGUGCAGCCCCAGCACUACCUUAGAAGAGACGAGGAGAGAAGCACCCCUGCCCUUCUGCUCUGCCCAGCAGAUUCCACUCUUGCACCACCAUCCUGGUUUGGCCUUGGCUGGCCACUACACCAAACAACAGAUGUCCUCUUUAACCUGACCCAUCUGGAGCUUUCAAGAUGA